AUGGUUUUGAAGGACUCGAAAUGGGACAAGAAGGCCAAGUACAAGUACAUGAAGAAACAUGGCUUGUCCAGUAAACCAGCGGAGACAAGCAAGGUGACACCGAGAUGGACAUCAAAGAAGACGCCAGGGCGCGAGCAUAAUAGAGUGGACUUGAAAGAUUCCGACGACGAGUGGGACUCGGACGUUGACGAGGCGUUGAUUAACCAUUUUUACCCGCUGUUGCAAGCGGGAGAGGCGUUGUCGAUGGAGCACAAGUUGAAGAUAAAAGAGCAGAUCUUGCGAGAGUUGGGGAAAGAGGAGGAGGAGGGCGAGGCGGAAGAGCCAAAGCUUGACAAAGAGAGAGAUGGCAUUUACUUGGGGACGGAAGAAAACGAGGCAGCAGCGGCAAGAACCGCAACGGCCAAGUUCAACCUAGAAGAGUUCAUCAGCAGCGUGGAAAGAAAGCCAGCCAAGAGCAAAAAACUACUAAAGAACAAGAUCUCGGACAACUUUUUGGAAGAAUAUGGUUUAGAUAGUUAUCACUACAAGAAAAACACCCGCUGCGAUGACGAUUUCCUAGAGAAACGGCUGCAUGUGCGAGACAAGGACAUUCUCAGUCGACUCAAUUUCGGAGAUUUUGACGAAUACGAGAUUGGCAAGGGCUUGCAUGCACCCAAGGAGGCCACCAGCCGAUCUUUGACUGCCGCGGAACGAGAAGAGGAGGAGAAAAGGCAACGUCUUGUCAGGGAGGACACCUUUUACCGCGAGAUCAAGCGCAGGUUUGGCGACAAGGCGGAGGCGAGGCCAAAAGUGUUGGAUUUGAACAACUUUGACGCGGGCGACGCAAACCAGCUAGAUCGGUUACGGGCAAGAAUCGAGCGAGGCGAAGAUGCAAAAGAUGACGAGGAGCGCCAGUACUUGCUAGAUGAAGACAUAGAUGUGCUACUAGCCGGUUCCAUGGGUAAACUUGGCGUAGACGUGCCGGAACCCGAGCUCGAGCUCGAGCCCGAGCAGCAGCGUCAGCUACUAGCCGGUUGUUCCAUGGGUCAAUUUGGCGUAGAGGUGCCGGAACCCGCGCCGCUUCACCGGCGAACACUGGCGGCCGCCGAUACAAAGAGUGAUAACAAGCCAUCAAGAACCGACAAGACCGACAAGACCGACGUCGAGACCUCUUUCAUAGAUGGUUUAUUGGACUGA